AUGGAUGAAGUCUUGCGUAGAGACUGGAAAUGGUGGAAGGAUGAUGCCAGUUUAGAGGAUUGGAAGAAACAGGAGCUUGUUGUAUCAAAGUGUGAAGAUUUACUAGCAGAGUGCUCUAAACAUGAAGAACCUCGUGGCAUGAUCAAAACUGCUUCUAAGUUUUAUUUUAGUGAUGAAUCGUUGGCACCGUGGGCGUCGUCGAAAAGCCGGGACAUUGCGAGAGAUUUUAUUGACAAGUACGAAGGCGACGUAUUAUUGCAUGACACAAUUGUAUCUGAACUGCAUACUGUACUGACAGAGAUGAAGAAACGUAAUUUAUCGACUAGCACAACUCCUUCAGGAUACCGUAAAACAUCACAAAUCAAAAUUAACGAAAAGCUCAUUGGAGCAAGUUACACUCAGACUUUGGACAAAAUGUCCGAAUUUAAGGAAAUGUACGUCGCCAGUAUUGGAUAUUUGAAUGUGCUCAUUCAUCAUUUUAAUAUCAAAGACAACUGGAGGAUUAUUUUGCCGCUGCUUUUGACAUUUCUCGAUGAUACAGAUCUCCUUGUCAAACGUGAAGCAUGCUUAACUUUGAAUUUACUUUGCCGCCGUUUGUCGGAAGAACAGAGUGAAACGAACAUAAUAUUUCAGUCACAAACACUACCAUUGUUCCGAAGAGCUCUUCAACCAUUAAUUUUGGCUAUUCCUUCUAUGACCAGUGAAAGCAAGAGUGUUGUCAUUUUACCCAUUGCUUACGAUACCGUUUUGCGUCUUUAUAAACUCGCCAUUCCUAACGAACUAGAAUAUUAUACAACUCUAAGUUCAAUGUUAAAUGAUAGUAUUCUACCGUCUUUGGGGAAAUGCAAAGAUUAUGUACGUUUGUCAACUGCAUUGUGUUUGGUCCUUGAGAAAUUUCUGGAUUACUGCGGAGAGUAUGCAAUAGUGGUAGCUAAACCAACUGUCUACACUAUUCUUACAAUCCUGAUGGAUCCUUAUGUGGCUCAUGCACCUCCGAUUGUUGAACUGUUUAUUGAUUUGGUACAAAGGUGCAUCGGGCAAGUCCCCUCACAGAGACGAACUAAAUAUUUAUAUGACAUUAAAGGGUGCAUGGGCACCUUAAGGCGUCGCAUGAGUGAUGACUUGAUGUCUGAUUUUAUUGGCGAAAAAAUGGAAACACUCAUUGACUCUGUAAAUAAAUAA